UGUGUGUGUGUGUGUGUGUGUGUGUGUGUGUGAGCGAUGACAGGACAACAGCGCCGCCACGAGGCCUCACGUGUCACUGCAGCCCGCAGGAACAGUGUGUGUGUGUGUGUGUGUUGGUAAUUCACAGUGAGCCCGCCAUGUUGGAAAGCAGAUGAAGCUGCUGUCUGCAACAGCGCGUUACUAACUACUCACACAUCUCUGUGGAGGCGCGCGGGACACUUCAGUUUAAGUUCUAUCAUCAGAAACCUAAACUUCGCAGAGCCUCCGCCUCCGCCCCAGUCAGUUCCGGCUGAGUCACGGUCCGUGUUCGCAGAAACGCCUUCGUUUAGAGGAAACAGCCUUUACAGCGGGCCGCAGCCGAACCACAGCCGAACACAGCCGAACCACAGCCGAACACAGCCGAACCACAGCCGAACACAGCCGAACCGAAGACUUUUCCCUCUCAGACUAUCAGCUGCCAUGAAGAUGAGGGUUUGUGUGGAGGAAGAGGAGGACAGAGUAGAGCCUCCAGGAUUCAACUGUUUAUCUGCACAGAGUAAGCAGUCCAUGGGAGAACCUAUAGUGUUCACUAAUGAACCUGCACCUCCUUCACUCACAGGAGGGAGGAAAAGGUGUGGUGGUGCUGAGGAGGAGCUGCUUUCCUGCUGUGUCCAAAGUCUGGUCUCUACUGGUAGUAGACACUGGCUGCAGACACCCAGUCAGACCAGCACUGUAGGAAGUCUACAGAAGGUUUUAGAUGAACAUAAGAUCAGUCUGAAGAGGAGAUGUGAACGUGUGACUGAAGGAAGUGAUGAAACAGGAAGUGGAACCCUCCUCAACAGGAUCUACACUGAUCUCUACAUCACAGAGGGACAGAGUGAAGAGGUUAAUACCCAACAUGAAGUGAGGCAGCUUGAGACAGCUUCAAAGAUGGAAACCUGCCAUGACACUGCAAUCAAGUGCCACGACAUCUUUAAAGCCUUACCUGGCCAACAGGGACACAUGAGAGUCGUUCUGACGAACGGCGUCGCCGGCGUUGGAAAAACCUUCUCAGUGCAGAAGUUCACUCUGGACUGGGCAGAGGGCUUGGAAAACCAAGACGUCAGUCUGCUGAUUCUGCUUUCGUUCAGAGAGCUGAACUUGAUCAGAGAUGAGCGGUACAGUCUUCUCGAGCUGCUCCAUGUUUUCCAUCCAACAUUACAGAAGGUCACAGCAGAGAAGCUCGCUGUCUGUAAACUUCUGUUCAUCUUUGACGGCCUGGAUGAAAGCAGACUUUCACUGGAUUUCCACAACAAUGAGGUUGUGUCUGAUGUCACACAGAAGUCAUCAGUGAACGUGCUGCUGACAAACCUCAUCGAGAGGAAUCUGCUUCCCUCGGCUCUCAUCUGGAUAACCUCUCGACCUGCAGCAGCCAAUCAGAUCCCUCCUUCAUGUGUUGACAGGGUGACAGAAGUACAAGGCUUCACUGACGCCCAGAAGGAGGAGUACUUCAGGAUGAGAUUCAGUGAUGAAGAGCUGUCCAGCAGAAUCAUCUCGCACAUCAAGACAUCCAGGAGCCUCCACAUCAUGUGUCGAAUCCCAGUCUUCUGCUGGAUCACUGCUACAGUUCUGGACCACAUGUUGACUACAGACCAGAGAGGAGAGCUGUCCAAGACCCUGACUGACCUGUACUCACACUUCCUGCUGGUUCAGACAAAGAGGAAGAAGCAGAAGUAUGAUGAGGGACAUGAGACGAGUCCACAGGAGCUGACGGAGGCUGACAGGAAGGUUCUUCUGAAGCUGGGGAGGCUGGCGUUUGAACAGCUGCAGAAAGGAAACAUUAUGUUCUACCAAGAAGACCUGGAGCAGUGUGGUCUGGAUGUCACAGAGGCCUCUGUGAACUCAGGAGUUUGUACAGAGAUCUUCAAACGAGAGUGUGUGAUUUUCCAGAAAACAGUAUACUGCUUUAUUCAUCUGAGCAUUCAGGAGUUUCUUGCUGCGGUCUAUAUUUUUCAUUGUCACACAAGCAGGGAUAACGAGACACUGGAGACAUUUCUGGGGAAAGCGUGGGGUAGGUAUCGUAUCUGUGAGCCAUCUUUGGAUAUGUUGCUGAGUAAAGCCAUGGAUGAGUCCCUGAAGAGCAAGAAUGGCCAUCUGGACCUGUUUGUCCGCUUCCUUCAUGGACUUUCACUUGAGUCAAAUCAAAAACUCUUGAGAGGACUUUUAGGUCGGACAGAGAACAGUCCAGAAAGCAUCCAUAAAGUAAUCCACAAUCUAAAGCAGAUGACCACCUACGACAUUUCUCCCGAGAGAAGCAUCAACAUCUUCCACUGUUUGAUGGAGAUAAAUGACCACACAGUACAUCAGGAGAUCCAGGAGUUCCUGAAGUCAGAGAACAGAUCAGAGAAGAAACUCUCUGAAAUCCACUGCUCAGCCCUGGCCUUCAUGCUGAAAAUAUCAAAGGAGGUCCUGGAUGUGCUGGACAUGAAGGCGUACAGGACAUCAGAGGAGGGACAACUUAGACUGAUCCCAGCUGUCAGGAAUUGCAGAAAGGCUCGACUUUCUGGCUGUCGACUUUUAGAGAGUCACUGUGAAGUCUUGGCCUCAGCUCUGAAGUCCAACCCCUCCCAUUUGAGAGAGCUGGACCUGAGUAACAACAAACUGCAGGAUUCAGGAGUGAAGCUGCUGUCUGCUGGACUGAAAAGUCCACACUGUAGACUGGAGACUCUCAGAUUAAAUGACUGCUGGCUGCCAGAGAGCUGCUGUUAUUUUCUGUCCUCGGCUCUGAAAUCCAACACCUCCCAUCUGAGACAGCUGGACCUGAGUAACAACAAACUGCAUGAUUCAGGAGUGAAGCUGCUGUCUGCUGGACUGGAGAGUCCACACUGUAGACUGGAGACUCUCAGUUUGAGGCACUGCAGCUUGUCAGCGAGCAGCUGUUCUUCUCUGGCUUCGGUUCUGAAGUCCAACACCUCCCAUCUGAGAGAGCUGGGCCUGAGUUAUAACAACCUACUGGAUUCAGGAGUGAAGCUGCUGUCUGCUGGACUGGGGAGUCCACAAUGUAGACUGGCGACUCUGAGACUGAGUUUCUGCAGCUUGUCAGAGAGCAGCUGUGUUUUUUUGGCCUCAGCUUUGAAGUCCAACCCCUCCUAUCUGAGAGAGCUGGACCUGAGUGAUAACAAGCUGCAGGAUUCAGGAGUGAAGCUGCUGUCUGCUGGACUGGAGAGUCCACACUGUAGACUGGAGACUCUCAGGGUAAAAUAAAACUUGAAAGUGAAGACUGUAAAGCAGGAGUUACUUCCGGAAAAUUCAGGCAAAAGGAGAACACAUGUUGGAGCCUUCAGACGGCCUGGUCGUCCUGUAAUAAUGUGUUAGGUCUUGAAAUGUGGACUUUGAAUAAGAUAAAGCACCUUAAAGCAAGCACCUUGGGUCUAUUCCACAAAGCAGCUUAGCUCUGAGUAGUGGACAUAGAGAUAUUAAUGAAUGAAUAUGCAGACUAUGCACAUUUAGCUUUAAAAAAAGAGUCUGAGUUAGAGCCGGGAAAAGUGUUACAUUUCCUUAAUGGAUGAUAAAGUGGUGGAAUCAGACUGUGUAUUAGGCUGCAGCCUACAUUACAUUUUAAAUAUAUUUGUUCAGCUUUAAUUUGAUGGGGACAGAAACAGGGCCCAGGUACUUUGGACCUGCAAUAUGAACACAGCUGUAGAUAUUUUGUUCUGAAAAAACCUCUGAUUAAAAAGUUAUUACCCAGAAAAUAUGGUAGGUUGAUCCUGAAUAUUCACAUAAAAAUAAAUUUUUACAGAAUAUGUUCACUUACAACUACUUUACUUACAAUCACUGAACAUAAGUUCAACAUGCUUUGAUAACAAGAAAACAACAACUAUUGGAGGGAUAGCCAUGAAAUUUGGUUCAGACACUCAUGGUCCCCAGCGGAUGAAUCCUAUUGACUUUGGUGAUCCUCUGACUUUUCCUCUAGCGCCACCAUGAGGUUGAGAUUUGUGGUUUUCAGUGAACUGUCUCAACAAGUAUUGUAUGGAUGUUAAUUAGCAAAAGUUAGCAUGUUAACACACUAAGAUGGUGAACAUGGUAAGCAUUAUACCUGCUGUUUAAUUAUAUAGAGAGCUGAAGUCAUGACUUCUCUUCCUGUGUAGCCUCUGUUCCACUAGCUUCUGUAACUCAAUGAAAUGUCUCGUUCAGCAUUUCUUUCAUCUGUCUUUCUGCAACAGUGUAGUGUGUUCCUUAAGUUUACAUAUUUAUAUUUAACAAAAUUCAACAACAAUUACUUUGUUAGCAUACAACACGUUUGCACACACGUUUAACCUGCGAUGGUCUGUGGGUUUAUGGAAAAUUAUGUUUGUUAAAGGUUGCACAAAAUAAAUAUUGAAUAAACAACAA